GUAAAAGUGGGAAAAAACAGAGAAUUUUAUUUUCAAUUGGACAAUUCGCAACGUAAACAGCCGGAAAAUGUCGCGACAAGCCUCUCGUUUGGACGCCAAGAAAGUGUAAGUGUGUGUUGAGUGCUUGAGGUUGAGACACAACAGACAGGCACAAAUCGCCGAGCAAUCGGGCUAUGGAAAACCAUUUCAGCACCACCAGCCGACCCUCAGCCACGCCCAGAAUGAGCACCACCGCCUCCGCCGUAGCUGCCAACAGCAACAGUAAUAGCAGCAACAACAACAACAGCGGAACAGCCGGUAACAAUGUUAAUAUAAACACGGCAGCCGGAGGAGCCACAACUGCUGCUACAGCCACCGCAGCUGCCCAACCCAUUCAAGUGAUUCCAAUGCCAAUGCUCCCUACUGGAGCGGCGCAAAUCAUAAUUGGCCAGCAGGCCCAGGGCCAGACGGCUGCCACGGGUCUGCAACCUCAGUUGAUACCUCUACAGGCCAAUCAGAUCAUGCUACAGGCCGCUCAGCAGCAACCUCAGAUGCAGGUGAUGCAACUGCCCGAUGGACAAACCAUAUUCUAUCAGACGCCGACCAUUGCCGCCUUGGAUCCGAAUGCAGCGGCUACCGCUGCGGCUGCUAUGGCCGCCCAGCCCACGCCCCACUACCUCAAUAUCAAUGGGCAACUGGUGCAAAUCACUCCAGCGGCAAGUGCUAAUCAGGCGGCUCCUGCCGCUGGUCAGCAAAUCAUCAUGGUGCCGCAGACGGCUAUGGCUGCGGUGAAUGCAGCAGCUGCCAAUGCUGGAGUGGGUGCCGGAGUAGGCACAGUGGUCACCCAACAGCAGCAGCAGCAGCAUCAGCAGGUUCAAUCUCAAACCCAAAACCAGCAGCAGCAACAACAACAUACGGCGGCGGCGGCGGCAGCCAGCGCUGCGGCCAAUAAUAUAAGCGCCGAUGUAAGCACAAGUACCACUGGGACCAAUACAAACAGCGAGGAUGAGAGCUCUAAAGGCGAGGCGGAUGAGGAGCCGCUCUACGUCAAUGCCAAGCAGUACAAACGCAUUCUCAUUCGACGGCAGGCCAGGGCCAAACUGGAGUCGCGCAUUCCCAAGGAGCGUUGCAAGUACCUGCACGAAUCUCGUCAUCGGCACGCCAUGAAUCGGGCACGGGGCGAAGGCGGUCGCUUCCAUUCGGCUCAGGAGAAGGGCGAUCAGGAUUCAUCCGGUCCGGAUGGGGGCAGCAUGCCAAUGGCCCCCAGUGGCGGCGUAACCCUCAGCCGAGGAACGGCAAGAGCUCCACCGAAACUGAUCGCCCCUCACCAAACGCCAAGCAUUACCAUAACGGCGAUCAAGUCGGAAUAGCAUAUGCGUAGCUGUAGAUAUAAACUAGACUAGUUCGUAGUUAAUAGUGCUAAGUCAAUCACUAUGUGUCCCCCUCAUGUCAAUAAUCACACCACUUUAAACGUCUCAAAUAUUUCGGUUCAAAGUCGUACUUAUUCAUUUCGAGUAUCCAGACUUGUUCCCAUUUUCUGUUUUCGAAAUAAUAUUUUAUUGUUAAAUUUCAAUAUUAGCAAUUACUUAAGACAGAAAGUCUAAAGAAUUAAAUUUACAAUUUCAAAAUUUGUUGAAUAUUAUUGAUUGCACAUAUAAAGAUUAUUUGAAAUGUGUAAAUAUUUUGAUAGGUAUAUAAUUUCAUUCACAGUUAAUAUUUAAAAUAUGAUUAGUAUUGAUUUCAUACAGUAUUUCGAAAUGGAAUUGGGAACAAGUCUUAAGUCUCUGAAAUCAAAGAUUAAUUAUAGAAAAUCCCAAAAAUGCAAUAGUAUAUAAUAAAUACGCAGAAUGUUUUAUAAACUAAAA